AUGGUGAUGUGGCAAUUGCACCCAUGCCGGCUUGCCACAGCUGCAGAAGAUCAGCGGAGGCACCUGAAGAGGGAAUUCCGGGGGCGGCGGCUCGGCGGCCCUCUGAGGCGGAAAAACUUUCGAUGCCCGACACCCUGCAUAUCGAACAGCAUCUUCGAAUCUCUUCUCGAUCCCCCACGUUAUACUACCUUGAAGGGAGGCAUAUAUAUACCGAACGAGAGCCCAGCAGGUCAUUUGUCAUACCAGACUUUAUCAAAAAUGGCUCGGGGUAACCAGAGAGAUCAGGCCCGCCUGAAAAGGCAGAAAGAGGAUCAGAAGAAGAAAACCAAGACUGAGGUCGGCAAGGGUGGUAUACUGGCUAAGAAGGAGAACGAUGCUGAUAAGAUGAGAGCGAAACAAGCGUUGGCCGAUCAGCGGAAACAAGCUGAAGCACUUGCAGGGGCUAAGAAGAAAUAA